CAAUCAAGACCCCGCACCGCACCGCAACCCAAAGAAAGCAAGAACCAGCACGGAAGCAGGAAGAACGAGCAAAACAAACCGAACCAUCAUGGUAGCCAUUGGUGACGAAAGCACGGAUCGGCGCCCGCGCCGGACCCGCGAGGAACGAAAAAAACGAGCCGCGAACCGUCGAGCCCCCUCGUCGGUCAAUACCAUCGUUUUCAACCCCUUCUUUCUCAUGCUGCUGGCGCUGGCAACGAUCUCGUGCCUGAUCUCGUUCUUUCUGGUCCUGUCGCACCCCGAGGCAGCCCAGCCGGCGGCCGAUGCCAUGCCGGUUACGAAGGCGGGCCUCCGGAUCCCGCCGAGAGACAAGGCCAAUCCGUUGCCGCACAAGUUGAGUGACGAGGAGCAGAGGCGGCUGAUCACGGGAAAGAAGGAGGAUGACGAGGAUGCUUCYGGAGACGACGAAGCCUCUGGAGACGACSAAGAAGACAGCAAGGAAAAAGUCGUUAACCAGAAAGUUACCACCAAAAAACAACUCAAGAUGGCCAACCACGAACCCAAACUCACUCCGAUCUACACCGAUAUCAAGCCCUUUGAYACGAGUCUCCCGACACCGCACCUAAUUCCCAAGGUCCCGCCCCUUCCCRUCUUCAACGAAGUUCCCAACGGUGAUGCGUUGAUUGACGAUUUGCUGCACCACAACAAACCGACUGUUGCCGGUGUGAUUGCCUUUUUCAAUAGGUAUCUCCAAAAGUUGCACACGCAGAACAAGGAAAACAGUAGAAAGGAACACCGAGACAAGACGGGACAAAACAUCGAUGAGAUGUCCUUGAUCAACUCCUACUUCGAUUUGACCGUCAAGGAGAUAGAGCCACUGGAGCAGGCCUACCGGGGCCGAACCAUUUUUCCCGUCCGUGACGACGAGUCGCUCUACAUUUCACUCGCGGCCUUUCGGGAGCACUUGCUCGGAAAGUCCUUGAUGAGUGCCUUUGACAAGGCCAAAGACCCCAGCAAGCUCUUCUUUGGAGCCGUCGUUCAGAAUUGCUUCGGUCUCGACGGAACCGUCUGUAAAACUGGCAUGGUGGUCGUCGGAAAGGACAAGAACGGAAGAGACAAGACCUCGGUCAGUCCCAAACCACCAGACGAAAACGGAAUCGAAGAAUUCUGUACCCAUAAGGACUAUAAAAAGUAUUGCGACAGCGGACAAGUCCGGGCCUUAUAUGUUCACGAUACCGACGCACUUGGACCCCAAACGGCGCGAUUCUACGCCAGCAAGCUGUGGGGAGGAGAAACCUACUUCAUGCAGAUGGACGCACACCUUGAGUUUGCACCCAACUGGGAUCAAUACUACAUCGACGAGGCCAAGGCUUCCAAGAAUUACCCCAAGUCGGUUCUGUCGGCCUACCCACCCGGCUUUCAAAAAUACGAUGGAUCGUACAAGGGAGGAACSCCCGGGGCCCGAUUGUGCAGAGCCGUCUUUUCGGAUAGCCCCGUGGAACACCACAUUCUCCGCAUCAACCAGRCCGGAAACACCCCCAGAGACGCCAAGUUUCCGACGCAGAUUCCGUUCAUCGCUGCCGGAUUUUUCUUUGCCCACGCCCAGUUUUUGGUCGACGUGCCGUUUGAUCCGUACGCACCGUGGUGUUUCAUGGGGGAAGAAAUCGCACUGAGUCUGAGAGCAUGGACCAGCGGAUGGARCAUYUACGCUCCCCGGAAGAACAUGAUUGCCCACCAAUACCGGCCGGGGCGAUUGGGUCUGCCCAAGUUUUGGGAAUCCGUCGGACGGGAUUCUGGMCGGGCGUCGCUGAAUACGCGCUUGCAGAAACACGUUCUCAGGCGCGUGAAGUACAUGCUCGGCUACCCCACCGAUAGCGAGGAGGCCAUUGCCAGGGACGGCGACAGUGUCGCCCUCACACUUUUCGAGAAUUAUUCCCUGGGACACGAGCGAACCCUCGAAGAGUACCUGGAAUGGACCACGAUCGAUCCGAUCCACGAGAAGGUAGGACGGAUGGAGUGGUGCGACCGAUCGCAACUGCCAUAACUUCCCGAGAACAAAAAAACGGAAAAAAUGGGAAUAGCCUGAAGAAAGAAKUAUGCAAUAC